AUGCAAUCUGUUGAGAAAAUGUCAAUCGACGAAGUUGCAGCAACUCAUCCAAUGCACAAUUUGCCAGUUGAUUGUUUUGGUCCAAUUUUGAAACAUGUGAGUUUUUUUUUAGCGAAAAUACUAAAUUCAUAGAUUUUGAAACUUUUUUUGCAGCUUGAACGAGAAGAUCUUCAAAGCAUCAGAAAGACCAACAAAUUCUUCGAAGAUAUCUAUAAAAUGGAUCGAAAAAUGAUGGCUGGACCAGAAUGCGAAGUCGAAGUCAAAUUAAUCGACAACAAUUUAACAUUAUCAAUUCGUGGAAGAUCAUUUAAUCUAACUCCAAAAAUUGUGAAAUUAGAAGAAUGGAAUUAUUAUUUCAAAAAUGCAAAGUGCCAAAAUCUAUCAAUCGAAACAAAUCAGGAAAUCUCAAUGGAAUUACUCACAAAACUAUUGUGCUGUAAAUCAAUCUACAAUUGUCAAUAUAAUGGACCCAAAAUCAAUCAAGAAGUUUUGGAAAAACUAUCAGAAUAUGUGGAAAACAAUAUUGAAGUCAAGGUUGAAAAUUGGGAUGAGACAAAUAUUGGAACAUCAAAAACCAGUCAAAUAAAAAUAUCUGAAAAUAUCGAGAAUUUGGAAACUGUUGUUGGAAUUAUGAAAACUGUUUCGGAUCUUAAUAUUUCGAUGAAAUGGACUAACUUCGAGAAUUCAGUGAACUCAUUGAUGGUUAGUUUUCUCAUUAUAUUUUUUUGAAACCUAAAAAAUCCUGCUUUUCUUUCAGAAACUCAAAGAUUCUCAAACAAUUCCUGAGUGGCAAAUAAAUAUCGAAGAAACCCAUGCUGGCUCCCCAGUUCAAAUAAUUUUCGAAAUCUUCGAGAAUAUCAUCUAUGAUUUAUUUGGAGAUGAAGUUUAUUGUUCAAAAGAAGAAUUAUCAAAUGGUCAAAUGUAUAUUAUUGUUAAAUCUUAA